CACACUGCUCCUCUCCUACUGCCUGCCUCCUCUCUACCCGCGGGCCGCGGUUACUCUCCACCUCUCCAAUCCAUCUGGAAGUGCCAUUUUCCACCCAAUUCCGUCGAUUCUCCGUUUUUGGAUGCCUUCCUCUCCCAGAUUAGCGAAGAGAGCCCCGGCGUGUUGAUGAAAUAUUUGGAUUUCGUUACUAUUCGCGGCGGCCAUGGCUACAGUUUGGAGCGGCUGCAGCACGAGCAGCGGCUCCUUCGUCCAAGAGCUUCCCCCGCGCGGCAAACGGGGCGGUGGUGAUGGCACAAGGUUCCGUCCGCGAAGCGGAGGCCGGACCAGAGGCGACGCCCGCCAGGCACAAGCUCUAAGCGCCGCCAUGGUUACGGUCGGAGCUUGCGUUUGUAGGGCGGCUCCAUGCUUACUUGAUUCGGAGGUCGACGGGAAGGAGGACGUCGAAGUUGGGUUUCGGGGCGUCGAUAGUGAACCGCACGCUGAUGGCCAUGAUGGUGGCAAGAGGCGCGGGCCGCGUCGGCGUCCGAUGAGGCCGACUGUUUUUCAGAAGGAGAUGGGCGCAAGAAGUGCUCCACCGGCGAUGGCGUCGGAGCCGGACAGGAAAUCUGAGCAUGGGGCGUCGAGGCUGCACUUCUUGGAGGAGAGGGACGAGGAGACGCUGUCAAGAAGGUUGAUAAAGCUGAGCCAAAACAACAAGGUCAGGAGUGCCACUGAGCUGUUUGAUUCAAUGCGCGCAUCUGGGCUGCAGCCAAGCGCACAUGCCUGCAACUCCCUGUUGGCUUGCUAUGUGCGUAGAAGUCCACUGACAGAUGCACUGAGGAUGUUUGAGUUCAUGAAGGCGAAAGGAAUGGCAACGGGGCACACGUAUACCUUGAUACUCAAGGCUGUUGCGAGCAAUCAGGGUUAUGUUUCUGCAUUGGAAAUGUUCAAUAAGAUUGAGGAGGAGGAAGAUUCAAAGAAAAUCAUUGAUGUGAUUGUUUAUAAUACAAUGAUAUCUGUUUGUGGAAGAGCGAAAGAAUGGAUGCUUGUGGAGAGACUAUGGAGAAGGCUCAAGGAUAAUUCUUUGAGUGGGACUUUGCUGACAUAUGAUUUGUUAGUCAGCAUAUUCGUGCAAUGUGGACAGUCUGAGUUAGCAAUUGCCGCAUAUCAGGAAAUGCUCCAGAAGGGACUUGAUCCGAGCGAGGAUAUAAUGAAGGCUAUCAUUGCAUCCUGCACUAAAGAAGGGAAGUGGGAGUUUGCACUGUCCACAUUUAGUAGAAUGCUGAGUGCUGGCAUGAAACCCAGUUUAAUUUUGUUCAAUUCAAUUAUCAACUCGCUGGGGAAGGCUGGUCAAGAUGAACUCGCCUUUAGGAUGUAUCAUCUACUGAAAAAAUCAGGCCUUAAGCCUGAUCAAUAUACAUGGAGCGCACUGUUGUCGGGAUUAUACAGGUCUGGGCGAUGCUGGGAUUGCCUAGAGCUUUUCCAAGGAAUCAAAGCCAAGCAUCCGGCCCUCUUAAAUGGUCAUCUCUACAACAUUGCUUUGAUGUCUUGCGAAAAGCUUGGUCAAUGGGAACAUGGUUUGCAGCUGCUGUGGAUGAUGGAAAAAGGUGGACUGGAAAUAUCAGUGGUAUCUUACAAUCAUGUGAUAGGUGCUUGUGAGUUUGCUAGUGAGCCAAAAGUUGCUCUUAAAGUGUACCAGCGCAUGAUUAAUCGAAGGUGUUCGCCAGACACAUUCACACAUUUAUCUGUUAUACGAGCUUGCAUCUGGGGAUCUCUUUGGACUGAAGUAGAGGAUAUAUUAGAGGAGGUGGCUCCGAACUCUUCGAUCUACAACGCGGUCAUCCACGGGCUGUGUUUGCGAGGCAAGAUUGGACUGGCCAACAGGGUGUACGCCAAGAUGCGGAGCAUUGGGCUCGUACCGGACGGCAAGACGAGGGCGUUCAUGCUUCAGCACAUUGCUACGGACUAGGACUAGCCUCAUGAAGAACAAAGUCCGGCGAUCUCGUAGCUGUACCUGUACACAGCCCCAAAUGAAAUGAGCGAACGCGCAUGUAUACAGGAUCAAAGGUGGUACAGCAGAAUUGUUGCGCUGGACACUGUAUAGGUACUCAACAUUUCAACUUGUCCGCAAAAGGAUGGGUGUUCACUUCAGACCGCUGCAGACUUUUUUUAGUUCAAUGUACUGUGGGCGGAGCGGAAGCUGGCAGUGCCGGUGCACAGAUUGUUCAUAUGUUUCUCCUCACUAACAUCCUGCUGCCCCUUGCCAACGAUGACGGGGUCCCUGUUCCACCGUGGUUGUCCAUGCCAAGAAGAAUCAGGAUGAACCGUGCGGACUUGGGGUGGCUUUUCUGUAGCGGCUGGUGCGCGGUUGUGGAACCACUGAAACUUUUGGAAUUGCGCCCGUCUGCUGGAGGAGAGCUGGUUCUUCCGGUGGUUCACCUCGGUCUUUCGCGGAUUUUGGUGGGUGUACGACCUUGGUGCCUUACUGCCUUGCAUGAGCUUCGCUUCAAGUUUCCUUGAAAGGAGCACAGUGGACACACAUCUAUUGACCAAACAAGCCACGAUGCAGAGGUUUUAAAGGCCGGAGGUAUUGCCAGAAGAAGUAAACAAAUAAAUACUAGCUGAUGGUCUAUACAAACCGAGCCUGAGUUCCGGUAGUUGAUUUGUUUCCUCCAAACUUGAACAUUUAUUUUUAUAACGCUACCUUGGUGCACGCGGCGGCAAGCUGGAUUCUUGGACUGAAGCUGAAGCAACAGGAAGGCACCCUCAACUGCUUUCUGACGCACUGCACGCACCUGGGAAAAGGAGGUUUGGUGUCCUUGAGCGUUGGGUCGUGGUUACCUAGGAGCCAACGGAUUCAGGUUUGCACAACGAUCAUGGUGUUGGUGGAGCAAAACCACCUUGUAUGCUGCAACUUUUAAACAAUUCGUUUAGCCGGGACACGAGACAACCAACCAUCAAAUCCCGUGCUUUAA